UCUACCAACCCUACACCAACGAAGAAGAUCAUCGCCAAUGUUGACUUCCGCCGCUCGUAUUCACGUGGAGGAACUGCACCGUAAGAGCUCAUCCAUCCGGCAGGAAAACCACUAAAGACACCCAAAAUGCCGAAGUUUGACGGUAUAGUAAAACCCAAGACGAAGCGUGCCAAGCGCUUCUUGGAGGGCAGAGCGCCCAAGCUGACAGAGGACGUGAAGACCGCCAUGAUUAUGAAAGGGGGGAACUCCAGUCUGACCGUCACCCAGGCCCUCAAGGACAUAUAUGCCUUGAAGAAGCCCAAUGCUGUGUUGUUCAAGAAGAAGAACAUAACACGUCCAUUUGAGGACUCAACGUCACUGGAAUUCUUCUCCAAGAAGUCCGACUGCUCCCUGUUUCUGUUUGGCUCCCACAGCAAGAAACGGCCCAACAACCUCAUAUUUGGUCGUCUGUUUGACUUCCACGUGCUGGAUAUGAUUGAGCUGGGGAUUGAGAAGUACAUCUCUCUAAGUGAUAUCAAGAGCAGCAAAUGUCCCGAGGGGACCAAGCCCAUGCUUGUGUUUGCCGGGGACGCUUUUGACACCGACAACGAAUACAGGCGUCUGAAGAGUCUUUUCAUAGACUUCUUCAGGGGUCCCGCCGUGUCUGCGGUGCGUCUGGCGGGUUUAGAGCACGUUUUGCACUUCACAGCCCUGGAGGGGAAAAUCUACAUGCGCAGCUACAGAUCUCUGUUGAAGAAGUCCGGGUGCCGCACGCCGCGCAUUGAGCUCGAGGAGAUCGGGCCGUCGUUUGACUUGGUCUUGAGAAGAACACAUCUGGCUUCAGAUGACCUGUUCAAGUUUUCUCACAGGCGGCCCAAAGCUCUGAAGGUCAGGAAGAAGAAGAACAUUUCCCGCGACGCCUUUGGUACCAAGUUUGGCCGGGUGCACAUGCAGAAGCAGGAUCUGUCCAAGCUGCAGACGCGAAAGAUGAAGGGCCUGAGGAAGAGGAGGGGUGCAGCAGUCGCCGAAGACAAGGACGUGCAGGUGCCCAAAGUGGCCAAAGUGGAAGGCUGAGUUGGCGUCUCUGUGUGCGUACAGAUCAACGUCCCAGGACCUUGUUUAUGAGACUGACCGUGCAGCUUGUGCUGGAGAGGGAGGAGCAUGGGUAUCCUUUAUUCAUGCCCCCCUUUAUUCCUGCCCCUAUUCAUUUGCCCUGUAUCUCCAUCUGACUCAGAUACUUCUUUGUCUUGAGCAUCGUUAGUGUGUGGGCUCAGCCCUUUCUCGGAAGGCCAUAUCAUCAGGAAACCAAAAAAAACUAUGUUUUCCAUUGGCAGAAGUACAGGAAGUCUGCCUGAAUUAACUGAUUUUUGUUUAUAAAUGGAUGUGUAAAAGUUGAAUAUCACCAUCUGUACUCACUUUAAAGGAAAUAAAGCUGUCAAUGAAUGACACUA